AUGGGACGCUUUCCGGUAGAGAUUCUCCUCCAGGUCAUCCAGGGAGCAGUUGAAACGAUCCCAAUCCCAGACCUAGCUAGAAUGAGACUAGUCAACAGUACACGACCCGUCCCGUUCCAAUAUACAUCUAGAAACGCACUAACAAUUGAAACAGGCCUUUUCGCCCACGAAAUCAUGACCCUUCUCCUGCAAAGUCCCCGCCUAGAAGACGAUGGCUUCGGCUUCGCAGACGAAAGCCGACACGCAGGAAGAAAACCGUAUAAAAUAUGGUGGACACAGUUCCCCAUGCACUAUAAACGUCAAUAUCUCCAUAAAAAAGUGCAACAACACCCCAUCAACCAAUGCAAAUUUACCACGGCCAUCCAUGAAUGUCUCGCUAUUCCACAUGCCCCACGCACAAAGGAGGAGGAGCACAUCCUGAUAGACAGGUUAAUCGAUGCCUGGCUCUGCGGGAGAUAUGUGCCAUUUCGUCGCGUUUACGAUCACAGAUGCUUUCAUCGGCCUCCAACGCCUUGGGAAUCGGAUUGGUAUGCAAGGCCUUUGGAGUCUGCUGAAUUGACGAUGUCUAUUGCGCUAGCGGUCAGCGCGAUUAUAAAGGGGGACUGUGAGGAGAUUCAGAAAUUAAUCGACACUCAUGAUGAUCCUGAGUACGGACCUCUUGCGUUUCUCUGGGACAGGAGCGAGCGAUUUGGAGGGAUUUACCCGGUGGAAAUUGCCGGGUUGAAAGGCUCAACCGAGGUGAUUCGGCUGCUUAUUGCGAACGAUCACAACUCUCAAUUUGUCAAUCGGUCUGGCAGGGCAGGUAUUUUUGAAUUGGCUUCGAAAAUGGGGCAUAUGAGUGCUGUGAAGGGUUGGAUUGAACAUUUCAAAAAUACGAAUGAGGAUCUUGCGACUCGUUUGAACAGUGCGGUUAUGACCGCUGUCCGGAUUCGAAGACGCGAUAUUGUGGAAUUCAUUGAAAAGGAGAGUGGGAUUCAGUUCGACAAGAGCGAGGUCAUGUUUGACAUGUUCAUGGAGGGUAUUGUCAGGACGAGAAUGAGCCAAGUACAGUACUAUCUCAACUGGGGCGGGUUCGAUAUCAACAUGGAAACUACGAGGUUUCGCUAUGGACCAGUGAAUGGCGCUAUCUACGGGGCCAGAGGCCCUCUAGAUCUAAAGCUUGUGGCUUUCCUUCUGGAAAAAGGAGCGGAUCCGAAUAAAUUCAACCCGACGGCGAAACUGACGCCGUUACAGAUCGCAGUGCAAACAAAGAAUGUUGCAUUGGCGAGGCUACUGAUUGAGCGUGGUGCAGACGUCGGCGCAUCACUAUUGUUUCAGAAGAAGAAAUCGAGGAUACCCUUGCUACAGGUCGCUGUUGAAGGUAGAUCAGUUCCUAUGGUUCGUCUUUUGCUAGAGAAUGGGCUGGACAGAAAAUAUGUGUACAAGGGCAGAAAGGUUGAGGUCAAAGGGGAUACGGUUGAGGGGGAUGAUUCCCAAAUAUGCAUCCGGCGGGAGGUGCAGGAGGAUUCGAGAUCAAUCGACGAUCAGAAUGGCUAUGUGGUUCUUUUGGGUGACAAGGUUGAUAAACGUCGACCGGUGGUAGAAAAGCAAGCAUUGGGGAAAAUGAUGAGCACUGGCGUGCUGAAAGUAUUUAUCAAGUGA